GCUCGGCUCGGCCCCGCCCCACCCCGCGGGCGCUCGCUGCAGCGCAGUCGCGGCGCCGCCAUCGCGGGCAGAUGCAGGCGAUCAAGUGUGUGGUGGUGGGCGACGGAGCUGUGGGGAAGACCUGCUUGCUGAUCAGUUACACCACAAAUGCGUUUCCUGGAGAAUACAUUCCCACCGUGUUUGAUAAUUAUUCUGCCAAUGUGAUGGUAGAUGGAAAGCCAGUGAACCUGGGCCUCUGGGAUACUGCAGGGCAAGAAGACUAUGACCGACUGCGGCCUCUUUCCUAUCCACAGACGGAUGUUUUCUUGAUCUGCUUCUCCCUUGUGAGUCCAGCCUCCUUUGAGAAUGUCAGAGCUAAGUGGUACCCUGAGGUCCGACACCAUUGCCCAAAUACACCUAUAAUCCUGGUGGGCACCAAGCUGGACUUGAGGGAUGAUAAGGACACCAUUGAAAGGUUACGUGAUAAGAAACUGGCCCCCAUCACCUACCCCCAAGGCUUGGCCAUGGCUCGGGAGAUCGGCUCGGUAAAGUACCUCGAAUGCUCUGCCCUGACGCAGAGGGGCUUGAAGACGGUCUUUGAUGAAGCCAUCCGGGCUGUGCUCUGCCCACCGCCUGUGAAGAAGCCUGGCAAAAAGUGUACCAUGUUUUGAGGGCUGUGGCCUAGGUGUUGGCUCAGCAUGCUGUCAUCCUCUGACAGAUUGCAUAUUAAGCUGGGUGUUUCUGAAGGGGGCUGGGAUGCGUAGGGCCCUUCAUCAUGUAUGAAGUCAGUGUUUUUUAAAUGUCUCUUUGAUUUAACGUCAGUGUUGAUGUGAAGGGGCAGUGGGGACAGGAGACCAGCUGGGGACUAUACAGCCCCCAGGGGAGGUACAGCGGGGAAGGCAAGGUAGCUCCCUCAGGCAACGAGCUGUUUUGGCUCUCCUGAACUCCAAGUGGAAAGGGCUGAGACAUCCAUCCUGUUCUGGAAACACCUGUUUUCAACCUGCAGGCGAAACAGGUGGUGAACAUCCUGGUGGGAGUGGGGAGGGAGAUGAUUUCAAUGGUGCUGAAAGACAAGAAUAGCUGGGAGGGUGGUAGGGUCUCCUUGCCCAGCCUGCUGUGGCUAACAGCUAACAACCUGCUGCUCUAGCAGAAUGUUCCUGAGACUGUUAAGAAAUCAUAACCACCCCUGGAAGGGGUCAAAGUAAAUGAGAAGCUGAAAAACAAAUCAUUAGGUGCUUUAUUGGGUACUAGCCAAACUCUGUGAGUGAAACAGCUCUGUGCAAUCAAUGCAUUUGCCUUUGUGUGUGCACACCCUAGGACAGCAUGGUGCUGCUCCCCCCCAUUAGUCUUUAGCAGGGCCUCCCCCCAGAAUCCAGUCUCUGCAGAGCAGGGCUGGGGUUGUUGCCUCUUUUUUUUUUUUUUUUUUUUUUUUUUUUUUUCCUACUAAAGACAACAAAGGAAGCAAUGAGGAGUCUGCUAACUUCUUUCCCUUCCCACUUAAAAUGCAGACUCUGUGGAUUUGGAUGGAACAAGGAGAGCUUUUGAAGGGUUGUGGGGGGGGAACAGGGUUGGAAGAAAGGUCCAAUUUCUAAUCAUCAUGUAGAGUGACAAGAUAAAACCUUAUUUGGUGCAAUAAACAUUCUCCAUGAAGGUG